GCACCAGACCUGUCUGAUUCUUGUCAAACUACAUCGCAACGUGAACUCAAUUGUUGCUUAGAAAGUUUCGAUCUACUCCGUCAAAUCCUCACUUGAAGCGCUUUCUCCCGAUUUGCGGUCAGAGAACACGUGACUGUGACGUAUACCGGAAGUGUGUGAGCAGGAGCGUGGACAUUUGUUUACAAGCGCUGACUUUUUUUAUUUGCUGCUCAACGGCUUUUGCCCGUGCGAACACCCAGCAGGUGAACAGUCUAUAUGAAUAGCUUGCAAACGAAUGUCCUCGCUUUCCUUUGUUCCCACCGUAAUGCAUAGCGCUGGGUAGCAGAGGAUGCUAAUGCUAAAGUCACAGAUAAGGACAAUGGCUUUCAGCGGGUGUGAGGAAACAAAGAGCCUGACCUGACACUGUCUCUCCCUGCAAUGCCGAGAUGAAGGCUUGACCGGGUUCGUCAUGGGCUUGUCUGAGGUGCAGUGGGACCACCACAUCCCCCUCCCUAAACUGGGUCCCAUCCAGUCCAAGGUCAUCGUCGGUGUGGUGGCACUUGUGUGCUUCAUCAACAGUUAUGAUGGGGACUUUGUGUUUGACGACUCUGAAGCUAUUGUCAACAACAAGGACUUGAGACCAGCAACUCCCGUGGCCAACAUCUGGAGCAACGAUUUCUGGGGAAGCAACCUCAGUAGCAACUCUAGUCACAAAUCCUACCGUCCCCUGACCGUGUUCACGUUCAGGUUGAACUACCUAUUGGCAGGAGGUCUGCACCCUGUUGGCUUCCACGUGCUCAACAUCGUCCUCCAUGCUGUCAUAUCCGCCCUCAUGAUUGAUGUCUUCUCCAUCCUCAUUGGAGGACUGGCUUAUGAUGACAAGAGCCGCAUAGUGAACCACGCACCAAAGACCUCGCUGCUUUCUGCUCUCCUUUUUGCUGCUCAUCCUAUCCAUACGGAAAGUGUGGCUGGUAUUGUCGGUCGGGCAGAUCUUUUAUGUGCCCUGUUCUUCCAGCUCUCUUUUCUCACCUACUGCAAAGCUUUCCACCGAGGCCGUGACAAAGAUGGCAGUUUUUCUGUCCAGUGGGUCGUGGUCAGCCUCUGUCUGUGUGCUGCAGCAAUGCUUUGCAAAGAGCAAGGCAUCACCGUCUUGGGUGUUAACGCAGCCUUUGAUGUCCUCGUGAUCUGUAAUGUUAAUGUGUAUGAACUCAGCCAGAGGCUACUCCUCAGGAAGAAGCCCCUCCAUGUGGGUGAGGUGUGGCAAAUGGGGCUGCUCACGCGGCUGGCGCUCAUGUGUUUCGGAGGAGUGUUAAUGCUGUACGCACGCUGGAGGAUCAUGGGAACUGGACCACCCGAGUUCACUGAAGUAGACAAUCCUGCUUCCUUCCUGGACAACGUGUUCCUGAGAAUAGUGAACUACAAUUACUACUACUCACUGAAUGCCUGGCUGCUGCUGUGUCCCUGGUGGCUGUGCUUUGAUUGGUCCAUGGGCUGUGUGCCGCUCAUUAAGUCAGCCGCCGAUUGGAGGAUGGUGUGGCUGCUGCUGCUCUGGUGUGUGCUGAUAGGCUUGAUAAGCCAAGCCUUGUGCUCGCUGGACAGCCAGAGGAGGAGGACGCUCACCUUGUCUCUGGUGCUGCUGGUAGUUCCCUUUCUCCCAGCGUGUAACAUCUUCUUCAGGGUGGGCUUUGUCAUUGCUGAAAGGGUCCUCUACCUGUCGUCCGCCGGCUACUGCCUGCUGCUGGCCUACUGCCUGGGCCACUGCUGCCACCGCUGGAGGAGAUACAAGAGCCUGCUUUGUGCGUCAGCGCUGGCUCUGUUGUGUAUGUAUGUAGCACGCUGCGCUUUACGGAGCCAUCAGUGGCGCACGGAGCAAAGCCUCUUCACCAGUGCCCUGACCGUCUGCCCUCUCAACGCAAAAGUCCACUACAAUGUUGGUAAGAAUCUAGCCGACAGAGGAAACACUUCCGCCGCCAUCAGAUACUACAGGACAGCCGUCGGCCUUCAUCCCACCUACGUCCACGCCAUGAACAACUUGGGGAACAUCCUGAAGGAAAGAAACGAACUGACUGAAGCCGAGCAGCUGCUGUCCAAAGCCGUGUCCAUCCAGCCCGACUUCGCCGCUGCCUGGAUGAAUCUGGGUAUCGUCCAGAACAGCCUGCAGAAAUUCAAUGAAGCAGAGCAAAGCUACUGGAACGCCAUUCGCUUCAGGAGGAAAUACCCAGACUGCUACUACAACCUGGGACGCUUGUAUGCAGAUCAGCACAGACACAUUGACGCCCUCAACGCCUGGAGAAAUGCGACGCUGCUGAAGCCAGAACACAGCCUGGCCUGGAACAACAUGGUCAUCCUGCUGGACAAUACUGGCAACCUGGGCCAAGCUGAGGUCAUUGGACGUGAAGCUCUGAAGCUCCUCCCUAAUGACCACACCAUCAUGUUUUCUCUGGCCAACGUCCUGGGAAAGCUUGAAAAAUACAAGGAAUCCGAGGGCUUCUUCCUUCAGGCUCUCCACAUCAACCCGAGUGCCGCGAGCUGCCAUGGAAACUUGGCUGUGCUGUACCAUCGCUGGGGGAAACUGGAGCUGGCGAAAAAACACUACGAGCUCUCGCUGAAGAUCGACCCCGAGGCUCCGGGAACCAAGGACAACUACAACAUGCUGCUGCGCAAGCUAGACCAAGCUCGACGGCCCUGAGGGAACCAGCACCGUGGAACGCGCCUCCAAACUGUUGGUCCCAGUUUGUCCAUUUGACUCUGUCUGAGAUAAAAAAAAAACUGUGAUUUAUGUAUCAUCUCACCAUUUCAGUUAGUAUUUUUUAUUGAUGAAAAAUAAAGCCCUUCUCCAUUGCACCGAUCGAUUCGCCGUCCCAAUGUUACUG